AUGAGUAUGUCAUCACCACAAAUUAUUCUCGAUGAAGCUCGUUCAUUAACACCCGAUCCAGGUUAUCCGGGUAAUCGAACACCUCGUCGAAGUCAUGUAUCGAUAUCAUCAAGCAAACGUCCAUCAAUGAAUGUAGGUAUACCAAAUUCAAAUAAAAUUAAACAAGGCAUGUUUCGUCGAGCUGUUCCUCAAAUGCCACGUGCUCUGGCUUGCAUUUGUUUUGUACUCAAUCUCGUUUUACCUGGCACAGGUACUCUAAUUAGUGCAUUUGCUGUAUUCUGUUGUGGAAAACAUGAUUAUGAAAAAGCUAUUGUAGCAUUUUUUUAUAAUCUUCUUGCAGCUAUUUUCCAAAGUGCAACAAUAUUUAUACUUGUUGGUUGGAUUUGGUCAAUAAGAUGGGGCAUUCUUUUUGUUCAAUUAUCAGGCAAUAAACAUACGAUGUCACAACCGGCGCCAUUCUAUGUCCGUCGUCAAUCGAGUGUUGAUACGCAUAUGCAACCAUUUCUAACACAAAUGGUAGCACCACGUGUACCACCAUUACUUGAAGAUAAACACGAAUCGGAUAAUGUUUGA